CCUUACACAGUGUAAAGAGAAAGAAAGUGAGGGAGGUAUGGUGUGUUAGGAGAAAGAGAACAGGGAAAAAGAUACAUUUUUAUAUAAAGGAAUGUUGGAAAAGGAAGCUUAUUUGUAUGAUUUUUAGGAAUGUGUUGAGGUUUAUGGAUCGUAGAAGAUGAAACAAUAGACUAGUUUAACUAGUGCUAUAUGAACAAAAGCUGAAGAAAAAUAUAGAAAGAGAGGGGUUGUGGUGAAAAGCUGUAACAGCUGUUAGACACUGACAGUGAGGGAAUUGUACACACAAGCGUUAGCCUAGCUCAGAGGAGUCUUCUGUUUACAAUGGGAAAGUCAGCCUCCAAGCUUUUUUCUGAGGAUGUAUUAAAAACUCAUAAUGAGUACAGAAGAAAGCAUCAGGCACCAUCAUUAAAACUCAGCAAUAAACUGAGCCGUGAGGCAGCAAGAUAUGCGGAGAGCCUGGCCAGCACCAGAAUUCUGAAGCACAGCGUUGAGUCAAGUCGAGGAAACUGUGGAGAAAAUUUAGCUUGGGCAUCUUAUGAUCAAACGGGUAAAGAUGUGUCUGAUCGGUGGUAUAAUGAAGUGAAUCAGUAUAACUUUAACCAGGCGGGAUUUUCAUCUGCAACUGGUCAUUUCACUGCAAUGGUGUGGAAGGGUUCAAAGAAACUUGGCGUGGGCAAAGCUGUGGCAACAGAUGGCUCGACCUUUGUGGUGGCACGUUAUUUCCCCGCCGGCAACAUCACCAAUCAGGGCCACUUCCAGGCCAAUGUCUUACCCCCUAAAAGCUGAUCCAAAUGUAGCUGGAUACUAAUUUUUCUUUCCCAAAAUUGGAUUGAACGUUACCUGGAGGGUCAAAUACUAUCCAACGCAGUUGAUUGCAUGAGAAAAGGUUUGGUGGGUUUGGAUACACAGGACUUGAAUAAGAAUUUAACUUCAGAGACCUUUAAUAACUUGAAAACAAAUGCUAAUAUUAGUGCUAGUUCCAAAAUAUUUUCAUAGCCUAUGGACCCGAGAGUCAGGUCCAGUAAUAAACUCAGUAAUGCUAUAACCAGUGUAUGUAUUAACAUUUCAAUGCAACUCACAGGAGAAUGUGUAGAUUAAAACAGUAUUAAAGCAUGAAUCCAAUUAUUUGUUACAGAAUUAGUGGGAUUCAAUAAUGGUCAUUACUUUAUCCAUUUACUCAUAAUUUCUCAAACAUGUAUGAAUUUAUUUUAAUGAAUUUAUUUGUGCUCAUGUAUUUUUAUAUUGAUAUGAAUUAAAAUGCCAACUGUCAAAACGCUCUAACAAAUGUCCUGUUUUCUUCAGAAGUCAAAUUAUAGGAAUAGGUCACCCAACCAUAAAAAUUCUC